CCUCCAUCCUGUGUCAUGUGUUACACUGGCAUACUAGACCGUCCCGUGUAGAACCACCACCAUAUCAUUAGAAGUUCGAGGUUACGAAAACUGAACAAUACGCAUCUCUUAACUGGGAACACAUGGCCGAGUGAUAUGCUUUCUCUACGACAACAUGACACUACGAAAAUGUAUAUGGAUGUACAUGGAUGUGGACUAGGUAUGGAGAGAUCUUUGGGGAACUUCAUAUACGGCAAUCUAAGAUGAUACAGAGACUAUUGAUGAGUCGGUAACGGUGAUAGGUUUGACAUCAUUCGCCUAAAGCGAGCUUGCGUAGCAUCAUGUACAGGAUCCCACACCCGUAGACCUGCACGCGUAAAUUACCGGCUUGGGAGACAGGAGACAUUACCAACCAAACCGACAAUUCUGGCUUGACACGAAAAAGUGCGUUUAUGAUCGGGUAGUGCAAAGCUUGGACUAUAUGAGCUGCCCUCGUUGAUCGCGGGACAAACUACCUAUAAUUGUACAUCAUUAUCGCGACUGGUUACCGGAGCUGUGCGAGGCGAGCGGGAAACUAUUGUUGAUCAGGAUUGGCCAGGUAUCCCCCUGAUUAUAUAUCCCUGAUAUGGAAGCGUACCCUAAGUUACCUACAACGUUAGGUAGGCAUAUCUGUACGUACUUACUUUCUGUAAGGUCUGGCUUCAGCCGUUACAUUGGCGGAUUGGCAAGGAGAAUUGGAGAACCUUGAACCCGCAGAUGGGGACUACAUAGUACACACAUACAUAUAUGUACAUACGUACAUACGUACAUGCCGCCUACAGGCUACAUGUAGGUAUGUGACGAUGAGUAGUGGGGUGAGGUUGUUACGAUGUUGUGUGAACUGGAGAGCGGGUCUAGGUCUAGUUGUCGCUAGAAGUCGCUCGAUAUUACGAAAAUAUGUGCUGGUCAUCCCACUUCUCCUUUUGUUUUCUAGGUCGACUUCAGGAACGGUAGAUGCUGGACUUUCUCUCUCUCUUUUUUUUUUCUGGGUGAAUGUCAAUAGGUACCUCUUGUGAAGUGGCUCAUGCAACCUGUAAUUCUCUGGCGGUAUUCAUUGUUGGCUAAUGCAGUUUUGUCUUAGGAAAUCGAUGCCUAUUGGGUACCUGGAUAGGAUAGAGGAGGGGUAAUGAAGAGAAUAAGGAAAAAAAAAAUUACUUUCUCUAUAUAAAAGCUCCAGGAUAAACGAGUAUUUACUCCUUAAUCGGAAGGGCGAAGCCGUGAUAGUAGCGGGUUUUGGGAACUUCAUCGACCGAUGUCUCGUUAUGACUAGGUAUUUAUAUAACACAUAACGUAGGUAGAUUCGUGUACUAGUGCUGUCUACGUAAACUCGACGCCGCACCCCAAAGGGGUGCUGCGCUUUAAUUAGGAAGUCGGGCAGUAAUUAGGCUAGCGUACCAGACUUCAAGCACCAGUAAGAGGUUAUUCCGAUCCCUGUUACCUACUAAAAGCAGAAAAGGAAUAAUAAUAUUUUAUAAAAUUU